AUGAGCGAUAAGGAGGAUAAAUCCACCAAGGCAACGCCUCAACCCUCGAAGCCGGGCUCAAGAACGGCUUCACCGACGCCUCACUCUGCAACAUCGCUGGCGGUGCCGACGGUACUUCCAGCCGAAGCGCCUCCACCAACGGUGGAGAAACGCGUGACACGCGCCUCCUCCCCGGUGGGUCUAUCCGCUGAACUUGCCUUCAAGGCAAGGUCACAUAUCAGUCGGGUGGAAACAUUGCGUAAAAUAAUGGACAAGAUGCCAGAAAUGUUAGACGAAACUUCACCGGAGGAGGUAAGCACGAUUUCUGAUCAAGUUGAUGAAAUUCACAAGGCGUUUCUCAAGGAAUACGCCUACAUGGAGAGGACUGCCGUCGCUCUCCACGACGUGGCAGCAACGCUGCGGGAUGUGAAUACGUCCCCUCUCGCUCUCGCCAGCCUAGAGGAGCUGUGCAGGUGCACGCUGGUGUAUAGGCUCUCGCAAAGCCUAGACAAAUCGACUCGAGAAGCAUGGGAAACGUCCAUCGGCUCAUCAUCAGAGUUUUCAACACCGACGCAAUUCGAAGCCUUCCUCACUGUCAAGGCACGCGCCCUUGAGAGGGCUGAGCCGUUGACGACGGCUCCAACUACAACAGCUGCACCGAAACCAAAGCCAGCUGGUCAACGACCAGCCUUAGAGGCACAGGCUGCUACAGUGGCACGCUCAAUCUCGCACGCAUACCCGUGUGAUUGCUGCCAGGCCGAUCAUUUUUUGAUAUCGUGCAAUCAAUCUCGGGCAAUGACCGUUCCAGAACGGAGACAGCUCAUCGACAAACUGUCGUUGUGCCGAAAUUGUUGUGGCCGACACGUCACGGCCAAUUGCAAGUCGGUUCAUCGCUGCAAGACUUGCGGACGUAACCACCACUCGCUACUCCACCUCAACACGACGCAGCCAAAGCCAACGGCUUCCACUGCAACCCAAGUUGAGGCGACGACGUCGUCCUCAACACAAUCACAUACAACUGCCAACACGAACGAUCAACGAUCAAGCUCGCUUGCGACGCAAGCCGAGCUAACGCUGUUAGCAACAGCACAUGCACAAGUCAUCACUUCAUCCACGAUCUACAACGCAAGGCUGCUCGUCGACUCCGGAUCGGAGCUCAGCUUCGUUUCUGAAGAUCUCGUCGAACAGCUGGGACUUCAACGCAUACAAUCUUCAAUCUCCAUCACUGGCAUUAGUGGCAAGAAAUCAACACAAACUCGAGGAUUUGUAUCACUACAUUUACAAUCUCUUUACAAUACCUCAUCUGUUUUGAUACAAACUCACAUAUUACGAACUUUAAUUACAACAUUGCCAUCUUCUGAGGCACCCAAGGAAGACUGGCCACAUCUCAAUCGUCUCAAGUUGGCAGAUCCUGAUUUCCACAAGUCAAGAUCAAUCGACAUAAUCAUCGGUGCCGACAAUUAUGGACGAAUUAUCAAACCUAAUUUAGUUAAAGGUUCGCCAUCAAUGCCAGUCGCCCAGCUCUCUAUAUUCGGAUGGCUCGUCAUUGGACCAGCAAGCACACAUCAAGAUCAUGCUUACGCAUCAUUCAAUGCAUCAAUCUCUCAAGACAGCGACGCUGCUCUGAGAGAAUUGCUGACGAAAUUUUGGGUUCAAGAGGAGCUUCCAACGGAAACAACAUCUGAACUCACACCUGAUGCACAAGAGUGUGAAAAUCACUUUCUUGCAACGCAUGGACGUGAUGCUGCUGGACGAUACGUGGUGCGUAUUCCUCUUAAAUCAAAUACUAAAGCCCUGGGAAAUUCUUACAAAUACGAGGACCUCGGUCACAUGAAGAAGGCUUCUUCAAUCUCGCCCAACGAUACGUCAAUCGACUAUCUUCCUCCUCACGGAGUUUUCAAGCCUGACAGCGAAACAACAAAGCUGCGGGUUGUCUUCAAUGGCUCAAGUCCAACAACAACUGGAAUCUCUGUCAACGACAUCAUGCACACUGGUGCGAAUCUUCUGCUCAACAUCAACGACGUUUUGCUGUGGAUUCGCCUUCACAAAUGCAUCUUCGCCACGGACGUCACAAAGAUGUACCGUAAAGUACGAGUACAUGAAGACGACUGGAAUCUCCAACGGAUACUGUGGAUUGAUGAGGAAUCCAACGAAGUCCCAUACACACUAACAACGGUCACCUACGGUACCAAAGCUGCACCAUUUCUCGCUGUCAGAGCCCUGUUACAACUUGCAGAGGACGAGGGUCAACGCUACCCACUGGCAGUACCAUCAAUCAAAUAUGCAAGGUAUGUCGACGACAUAUUUGGUGGUGCAGAUUCUCUUGUUUCUUUAAUUGAAAUUGCUUCACAAUUAACUGACUUGUGCAACGCGGGCGGUUUCUCUCUUGCAAAGUGGCAUUCAAACGAAGCUGCUCUGCUUGAGGCCAUCGUGCCUUGUAACAAUCCUCAAGGCACUUCGAUCUCACUAGACGACUGCAAUACCAAAAUUCUCGGAUUGCGAUGGAAUACUGUCAACGAUAGUAUCACAUUCACAACAAAAUCUCACCACAAUCUCAAUUUCACAAAACGCCUUGUAUUAUCUGAAGUAGCACAGAUAUUUGAUCCGCUUGGCUUUUUGUCACCAGUCAUUAUUCGAGUGAAGAUCGCGAUCAGAGAAGAUCUUACAAGUCUGGCCAGACUCUCAAUACCAAGGUGGUUCAACACCCACAACAAUUCUACAGUGGAAUUACACGGCUUCUCUGACGCAUCGCAACUCGCCAUGGCAGCAGUAAUUUACAUUACUGUUUUCUCGUCGUCCACAGAUCUCAAGGUGAUGUCACUGGUGUGCUCCAAAACAAAGGUCGCACCUCUCAAAAAACUUACAAUUCCGCGACUCGAACUCACAGCUGCGCUAAUACUUGCAAAAUUGCUAAAAUUUGUCACCAAACUGAGGAAAUCGACACCAUCCACAACAAGCAUCUCGAACUCGCCAGCUGAUCUGGAAAGGGCCAAAAUCUUCUGGAUCAAGGCCACACAAUUAGCCUACUUCGCAAACGAGCUCAAGAUGAUGGUCAACAAUCAAACAUUGCCAUCAUCGCAUGUCUUCAGCCGACUGACUGCCUUCAUCGACGAUCAAGGGGUUAUUCGAGUUGGAGGACGACUCUGCAUCGCACCGUUGACCUACCAAGAUACAGCACUGAAAUCAAUGGUCGUCGAGGGCACUCAAGACAAUCAACGAUUGGCCAAGCUGUUCGUCAACGAUCAAACAACUUGGAAUUUCAACCCUCCUGCAGCGCCGCACAUGGGAGGAAAGUGGGAGGCGGUGGUCAAAUCCGUCAAGUAUCAUCUACGACGAACGGUGAGUGACACUUUGCUCACCUAUGAAGAAUAUACUACUCCUCUAAAUCAGAUUGAAGCAACGCUCAAUUCACGACCACUGGAGCCUCUCACGGACGACCCCGACGAUCUCUCAGUGCUGACACCCGCACACUUCCUCAAUGGAAGACCCAUCUCGACACUGCCUGAACCAUCUGUCGAACAAGCUCAACUGUCACCGAGAGCAAGGUGGUAUCUCAUCCAGCAGAAGCUGCAACAAUUCUGGAAGCGUUGGUCAUCUCAACAUCUUCAACGAAUGCAAUCGAUCUCGAAAUGGCAUCACCCUUCCAACAACAUCAACGUUGGAUGUUUGGUGCUGUUGACCGACGAACGCUUCCCACCAUGCAAGUGUCCUCUUGCUUGA